CGAGGAAUUGCGUGACGUCAAAUCUUGGAGCUCCAAUCACAACGUCACAAACGCGGAAAUUGAAACAAGCCGCCAAUUUGCUAAUCUGUGAUGGAGAGAUAGGCAAGCUUGACCUCGGCAUCAGAUCGUGCUACGAAUUACGAAUUAUAUUUCCUAGUCGGAUAUUCUGCAGGAGUUGCAAAACUCUGGAGUGAACAUUUCUUCAUCCGAGUUUCUCUGGGAUUGCCGGUCUUGGCAGACCACACUGCAAACCUGACUGACUAUCUAAUCGUCGGUACCCUGUCACUGCGCCGGCUGCCUCUCUCUCUGUCCUCCCGCAGCCUGUGAGAGCUGCUCCAGUGGCUGGACGGUACCCCGGCGCCCACUGAAUACAUGGAUGAACACUGGCUCCACAGGGGAUCUGCGCUUUCUUGUCCUUUGCACCUCUGAUCUGUUUCUCAAGGAAAUAUGGUGAGUAAAGAAGACACCAAAUGUGUUGUUCUCUCAAAUUCCGAUGAAUCAGAUUCAGAGACAGGCCCAUCACACAGUCUUGAUGCACAGUCUGGACCAGAAUCCGGCAAGCAGCAGGUGAAAAAAAGAAACAAGGCCUUACAAGUGCGUUUUAAGGAUAUCUGUGAAGCUCAGAAUGAGUAUCGGGGAAAACGCUCCAGAUCCAUUUCCUGCAAAGUGACACAUAGAAAGUACAUGACCAUGCCUGCCAGACGCUCCAUUCCAAACGUGACCAAGAGUACUGGUGUCCAGACCUCACCGGACCUCACUAAGCGAUACAAGACUUUCCCUUUUGAGAGGAAAAAGGGACAUACAUUUAAACAUACUGCUUUGGUGGAAGAUUAUAAAGGACAAAACAAUGGUUUUUUGAGUGACAUAAAGACAGGAGGAGAGGAUGGACAGCCUAUCGGGGAGUCCUCUAAGUACAAGGGUAAGAUUGUGGGACAGACAAAAGCACUGCUUCACCACACUGAUGACAGCAGUGAUACAGAGGAUUUGCUUUCCAGUGCCAACUGUUUGGACGGACCCUCUUGUGCAGACUCUUCACAUUUCUCGGAAGAGUGCCAUCCAAGCAGCACUCCUUCCAAAAGAGAAACAGAGUACCAGGUUUGUGGGACAAGGACCAAACACAAAGGAUUACCCAAAGAAGACAUGGAUGCUGGAACUUCCUCAAAGCGCCAGCUGGCUAACUCAGAGUUUUCACAGGACAAGUCAAAGGGCACUGGCCCCGUUGCGUGGAACUCUUUGACACAGGUGGAGUCUUUAGGAAGCCCGUCUGUGAGCUGCAAACGGAAAAAAGGCACACAGUUAAACGAACAGCAAUCACAGACACUUCCCCAUAGUGCCAAAUGUUCUGCACAGUCACAAGGGCAGUGUCGGACGAGGCAUGUGUCAGCCUCCUCUAAACUCCAGCAAACAGUUGGGGGGGACGAGGGCUUUCCUCCAAGAGACACGAGAGCCCCAGGCAUGGGGAGCAGCCAGCAGAUAAUGCCCUUAUCUGGAGACAAGGAUAUCAAAGCACAGCUGCAGGCCAUGGAAAGCCUCAUCAGCUCGAGCCAGGAGACCAUCAAGGUCCUACUUGGAGUUAUUCAGGAGCUGGAGAAAGGUGAAGCGCAGAGAGAAGGGCUCACCUACCGAACAGGACAAGACACAGCAAAUUGUGACACUUGUCGAAACAGCGCAUGCAUCAUUUACAGUGUUGAGCUGGAUUUCAAGCUGCAGGAGGACAAGCUACAGCCCCUGAUUAAGAGACUUUGCCCCCUGGACAGCCAACAAUGCCCAGCUCUGCCUUACCCCAAUGAAGUGUUCACUUCCACCCCGAAACGCAAGUCCAAGACAGAGUCCAAAAAGCAUGCUCGCUGGAAACUCUGGUUCCUUUGAAUAAAACAUGAGGGCUUUGGAAACAGCCUUUUUGUUGGGCACAUUAAUACCCCUGUUAUUCCUCGAAAUGGAUGAGGGAAUAUUCAGAGGAAGUAAUCAACAUAUGAGAAUGGAUAACGACAGAAACCAGUUCAUUUUGGGGUUCUGAGUUGAGACUGCGCAUUAAAGUCAGCUUUGGGGGACAGCAGAGACAAAAAACAUUUUAAAUUCUGUCUAACCUUUUUCUGGCAUGUUCGCUGAAGAGGACGGACACACACCUGCAAAAACUAGGUGAGCUUUGGGAUACACAUGUGUUUCUAAGCAGGUUAAAGAUGGAUGUUUUUUUUUAACACACUCUAAAUUCAGCUCUCUCUUUAUAUAUUUUUAUUGCCUUCUCAAAUGCAAUGCACUUUUGGUCUUUUUCCCCUUAGAGCAUAUUGCUUGGCAACAAGAGGAGGCGCCAUGUGGAGGGCCUUUUAUGAGUGAAGCUAUAAUCUUUGAAUGGACAUCAGCCCCACCUCCGGCAAAGCACAAACAUUUGACUAUUGAGAGGAACAUGCCUAAAAGACUGAAACACACUACAGUACAUGGCAGUGUGUCAGCACUGCUCCUCUAACCUCAUCUAUUCUCUCCUCUUCUUCCUUAUCUGUUAACAUCCUGCCCAGUUUGUCUGUCCGACUGAACGUCUGCCUGCUUUGUUAAUAACCCCUGUCUCCUCCCUCUCUUUGUGACUCUGUCCCUUUAUCUCUCUCCGUCUGUCUGUCUGCCUUUCCUUCUAUCUCUCAACUUAGCUCACUGUGCAACAAACCAACUAGCCAGCCAACUUUGCCUCAGUCAUGCUGUCCUUCUCUGUUUGCUAUACACUGACACAAAAUGUUCAGAAUCUAUAUUUUAGAAUAUCUGCAUCUUUUUGGCAAAGUACUGUGAAAUCAAAUUUUAAAACAAACAUGUGGGCCCCUCCUCUUGAAGCAGGUUUUGUUAAAAAUGCAGAAGUUCUUCUGGGUUAGUUCAGAUUUUUUAACAAAAUAUAUAAUGUUUUGACUACUUCUGAGGCAGAAUAUUUUCUAUGAUAACCUAGAAAGUGGUUUUUUUUUUGGUUUGUUUUUUGAAUAUCCAACAAGUAAAGGCUAUUUUGACAUUUCUCUUGAGUCUAAUAAGAGUUUGCCUUGCCUCUCAGUCACUCAUUGUGUCACAGCGAAGCUCUAAUGUGAAGUCUUGAUCCUUAUCUAAGAAAUAUGUUUCAUGCCCAGGUGGCUAACACUUGAACUGUUGUUUUACAUUCAUUUUCUUGCCAUUGAACUGCAAGUUUCAUCUUGUAAUUCUUUUUUUGUUGUUGCUGAAAACAGUUUCAGAACACCAAACAUCUGUUUAUCAACCCACACAAACAACAGUGCACUGAACUUGCAAGAUUAGAAGGGCUAUAUACAGUGUUAAAGGAGUACGGUAGCAAAGCAGAGAAGACUUGUAGCCACCAGCUUUGGUUAAGUACAAAAAAACAAAAACUGAUAAUGUAGCAAUGAUACUGAACUUGAACGCUGUUACAAAGCAGGUAUAAACUGAAGUCUUAAAGUAAUUUUAUAACAGCAGCUCUUAUGUAGAUUAUGGUACUGUUAUAUGUGUGAGAAAUGUCAGGAAGACUCAUACUGACCUCCCAUCUUUAGAUAGCGUAGUAGAUUACAUUAUUCAGGUCACCAAUUUCCAUGCAAAGAUCUGUACCUUGGGAAAGUGCAAUUUAGUGAUUAUGUGCAAUAUUAUGCAUUUUUCUACUGUUUCUACAUCAUAAUUAAAACAUUUUCA